GUUGCCUGAAAAGUGGCUCAUCAGACCGAGUGACCCUCCUCAUUUCCACUGUUGUUUCCACGCUACAUACAGAAGUGGAGGAAAAUAACACGACAUUUUUCUGCUCCGUAUGAUUAAAGGCGUUGUUUCAGUCGAGGUGCAGUUGCAGUUUAGAGAAAAUGUCGACUUGGGCGAAGCCAACCGCAAUUGUACGGAGACCGUCCGGCAAUUCAAACGGAAGUGCUCAGCAGCUACGUCUUUUCCGGAGAGCGGCUCCGUACCCGAGCAGAGAAGAAAGAACCGAGGAGCUAAAGGACGCCCUAGACAGUUAUGAGGAACUGGAACAGCUUCAAGGUUACUCCACUAGUGUAAAGUUUGAGGCAUACAAGCCUCAGCCAAGUGUCCUAAACCCUCCGGUCAAAGCUGAGGUUGCCAAUCCGGCUGACAGGCGUAAAUCUCUUUACCAGAAGUUCUACAAGCAAGUUCAGGAUGAGAGAAAGCCGGCUGAUUGCGUGGUCCUCUCUGUCACCAACAAGUUCCUGGAUUACCCCAAAUCGCUAAGCCAGUGCUUGCAGGAGCGUGGCCUGUCAGUGGAAAUGCUCUACCUUCAAGCGGAAUCGGGCCUGACCCGGGCCCUGCAGGAUGUCCGAGCAGUUGGCUCCCCGUUAUGUAUACUGGUGGAGCAGAAAAACAUAGCUCUGUCCUCCUGCACUGUUAUCAUAUUCUCAGAGUCCCUCAAAAUCCAUCGCAACAUGCCUAAAGACCAGGCUCUGGACUUUGUCCAAGCUGAGUACAGUCGUGGACUUCUUAAAGAGACUUCACCAAGGGAUCCUGCAGAUAUUGCUGCGCAGGCAUCUCAGCUGCUAGAUGACUUUCUGGAUCGAGAAAAAAUUGCACGGCACACGGUUCCCUCCGAAACCCGACAUCUCCUUACGCUGUUGGCCGAGGGGGUGCAUUUGUAUAUUGAGGAGUUGGAAACCAUCUCGGAGUACAUCGCUUCCCGGCAGGACCAUUUGCAAGCUCUGGCCUUAGAUGAUGAGGAUGAUAAGGGGAACAUGAUUCCCCCAGGAUUGGGUAAACCACCUCCUCUGCUCCCUACCCCACCUGGACCAACACAGCCUCAGUCUGCCUCUGUAGCAGGUUCUAUUGGGGAGCGCUCCCCACCUGCAUCUGUAGGUCUCCUGCCGACACCAGGCACUUUCACCAAAACCAAACCUCCGCCACUCCUCUCUUUGCAUCGGUCUCCUCCUGGUAUGUCACUGGGACCCCCAGGUUCUCGGGUUCCCCCCUCACUCGAUCCAUACGGUGCUCCAGGUCUGUCUCGAGGACCCCUGCUCCACCACACUCCUUCACUCUAUCCGGGCCUUAGGGCCCCGAUCAGGCCCAGGGUGGGCCCUCCUACCUUAAAGGGUUCUCGUCCUCCUCUUCUUUCAACGCCAGGUGGCCCCCAUCCCCGGCUGAGUGGACCACGACACUGAAGACCGGUGUUAUAAUAUAUAGAGCGUUUUAGCAUUUCAGACAACUUUAGAGCAGGACUCUCCUGCUUGAGUUUCUUUUCCUAUUAAAAAAUAAAACAAUGUAAAUAUAAUAUGGAUAUUUUCAUGUUCACUUUAUAAUGUCUAUCUUUCAGUUUGCAGAUUAAAAAUUGCAAUUGCUGCAAACAGUCCUUUUAUGUUUACUUAUCUGUCUGCUGUGUUAUUUUCUUCCGAUGAAGGAGCUUCAAACGUAACGAGAAGAGUGGAGGUAACUAAAAAUGUUGCUCUUUGUGACACGGGAAAUAAUUAUGCUAAGUUUACUUAGCUGCAAAUAUUUCUGAUAUAUUGCAUUUUAAUUCAUUUCUGAUGCAUUGCAUGUUAUUUUUUUAUAUAAAACUGAGUUGAAGCUGUAAAUUAUCAGCACUUUGCCACCCAUCGUCUUUAUUACUGCCGCUGUGGAAGGAGAGGUUAGACGUCUAUGGACUCUAACACUGGUUCUGUUGGUGCCACUGGACAGAAAACUUCACACUCUGCACACCUUAAAGAGAACACCUGUUAAAAGCAUAUUUUUGUUAAACUUCUUAUUUGUUCUGUAUUGCUGCUGGUGAUUAAUUCCUGUACAUGGUGUAAUUAUUUUAGAUGUAAAUAAUGAGUCUCUGAAUGUUUUUGUUGAAGUGCAGCUGUAUUAAAGUUCAUGUUGGGAGGAUAAAAAGUCUUAAAGUGCUUCCGUGUUUAGUUUAGAAAUGGAGAACUUUGUCAUCUUCAAACUAUUAAAAAUUGCAUUUAUGUAACUAACACUUUGUUAGCCAAUAUUCUGCAUUAAUAAUUUUUUUUAGUAAAAGGUAACUGACGUACCAGCAGAACCUCAAAUAAAAUCCUUUCAUUUC